CAGUUGGUUUCAGGAGGUCACAUGAGUCCAGUGACUCCAAUCAGAGUUGAACAUGUUCAGCCAGGGUCCAACACUGGACUCUCUGUUAUCCCAGAGAUUGGCCCGUUUAUCUUUACUCUGUUUCUGCAGUAAUCUGGGGCUCCACAUCAAUGCCGAUUGUGUUAAAAGUCCAGUUUCGUUUUUCUUCCAUCUCCUUGGUUUGAUCUCUACGAUUUCAUCGGACCUCCAUCCCCUGGAAAAGGUCACGGCUCUUCCUGCUAAAGUUGCGAUGGCGGAGCGGGUUCUGGUGGUAGGAGGCGGGGGACGGGAACACGCGCUGGCCUGGAAGCUGGCCCAGUCGCCCCGGGUCCAGCAGGUUCUGGCGGCUCCCGGAAACGCAGGAACCGCCAGCUGCGGCAAGAUCAGCAACUCUGAGGUGUCGGUGAGCAACCACAGCAUCCUGGCUCAGUUCUGUAAGGACCACCACGUCGGUUUGGUCGUAGUCGGACCCGAGGCGCCGCUGGCAGCAGGUGGAGUUGAUUCCAGUUUCUUAUUGUGGGAUCAAACCUCAGGCGGUUCUGACCCGUAUCGUCUCUGCAGAUCAGCCUCCAUUUUGAGCUGCAGGAUGGAAAUAACUUGCUGACUUGUUACUAGAGGUAAGUGUUGCCGCUCCGGGUCCCUCCGUGUCUCUCGGCUCUCUGGAGCCUUUCUAACCGAUGAACCCACCGAGGCUUCCCGGGGCCUCAGUCACCUCGGCCUGGGUCGCUCGGCUCUCAUAGGGCCUGGUCCCCGCAGCAGCGCUCUGUUUACUUUAUUGAAGGCCUGAUCUAGAAAGGAAUUAGAUCAAAUGAAAAACUUUAU